AUGUCGUUUGGAGACCUCAUUCAAGAUGCCGCGGCCUGGGUGACGGAGGAGAUCCGAAAAUCCAUAGACGAUUUGACCGAUGAAACGCCAGUUGAUCACCCAGGGAGGUCGUGGCCUGCUUCAACGUCCCCGCAGCAUUACCAACAAGUACGGGCCCCCAGGCCCGUAACCAAGGUGGUUCCUCUUGAUGCACUCGUGAACUGGCAGGAGUCCAAGCUGGCCUAUGAUGACUUGGAUAGCCCGACUCAUUUGACCCCUGAUCUCUCAACGGCGACGCAUACGCCAACGAACUACAGAGUACCAGAGUCCAAGAAGCCAGCUGAUGACCCUCUGCCAUUUCGGGUCAACACUGAUGUUAACAAGCAUCUUUUUAUCUACGAGGGAGAUAUAUGCUCCUUGAGGACUGAGUGUCUUAUGUGUUUCACCGCUGAUGGAUUCAGUGGCUCGGACGAACUGUCUGCGAGACUGCUUUCGAUCGGUGGCGAAGACCUAUACACGGAGCUGUCUUACCAAGAUGUCUGCCGAGCAGGAGAAGCGCGCAUCUGCCGUUCUUUCAAUUUACCAUCCACUCAUAUUGCCUACACCGUGACUCCUCGCUUUACAAAUCGCUAUGUAACGGCGACCCACAAUGCGUUGAAUGCCAGCAUCCGCGAAGUAUUUAUAGCGCUAAAGGAGUCUCGACUCAGAAGCAUUGCAAUUUCAUGUCUCUCUCCAAGACUUGCUUCAAUCCAGAGGAAUGAUUGCAGAAGAAGCGGUAAUGUAGCUGAGGCGGACCCCAACGCUGCUGCAGCUCUUGGCGGAGAGUACGCAGUGAUGCAUACGUGUUUACGGAGUAUUCGACGUUGGAUGGAGAAGAUGGUUGCUGACGUAGACGCUGUUGUUCUUGUACUGGGAUGUCCUAGCGAUGCAGCCAUUUACAAGCAGUUUAUUCCUGCCUACUUCCCCCGAGACCGUGCAGAGGAGCUGGACGCUUCUUUCUUACUGCCGCGAGAAGUUGGAAACGCCAAUGGGGAAAUCGAUGUUGCAGAGCGUCGGAUUCGUCUCAUAGCAAAGAAUGAAUCGGGCGCUGGAGCCCCAGCAGCAGAUAGAGAGGCCGGAACAAAACAACCGGUUUUUGGCGGCAUGCUGGCCCGCCAGGAGAAAUCCGAUGAUGAAGGAGAGAGCGACAGUGACCAUGACAUCCUGGAUUCCAACGACGUCAGUUUUCGUGUGGCGAAGGCAGAAACGGAAACUGAAAAAAGGCUUGACGUGCUCAACAUAAAGCGCCACGGCUUGAACCACUCGUCGGAUAGCAGCGAAACGCUAUAUCAGACUUACUUGAGACAAGCAAACCUUCUCGCGGACAGUGCUGCUGGAGCUCAGUUGCAGCAAUUGCAAUUUAUUUAUCCGUCAGGCCACGACAACGCGGGAAGGCCCAUCAUUGUUUUCCUUGCAGCUGUAUUCCCAGCUGCAACGGUCGACUCUUAUGUCUUGUUGCUGCACAUCAUUCGGACGCUUGAUCCUUUUAUUCGGGACAAGUAUACAUUGUUAUACGUAAACUCUGCGGUUCAUCAUUCCAACGCGCCGAGCAUGACGCUUUGGAGCGAGUUUUUCGGCAUGAUGGAGAAGUUCGAAGACAACUUGGACCAGCUGCUCGUGCUGCACCCGGGCUUACUAUUCAAAGCAGCGUUUACUUGUUGCUGGCCAUACCUUGCCUCCCACGUUUGGAAUGGCACAGUCUACUUAAAGUCUAUUAAGGAGCUAUCAGUCCAUGCAGGCAACCAUAUGCCGAAGUUACCGAACUACGUAGUUGAGUACGACGCGAAGCCGAAGACGAAAAUCCUAGGAGUGACGCUGUAG